UAAACCUCAACCACUAAAGUCUUGGCUAAUGUUCACGACGAAAAUGAACGCAAUGCAUCCAGAUGAAAUGCUCUACUGAGAUUCAGUCAGGUUCAAGUUCGAUGCUUUUAGCUUGUCCAGUGAGGAUUUUCCAAUUGGUUUUGUUAUCGUGUAGUUCAAUAAGCACCUCAGAUGCUAAUCAAAGCAGUGCGAUCAGCCGAUUUCUUAUUUUUCAUGCGACAUGUAAAAUCCGAGUUGGCAGUUACUGGUAAAAAUGACGGAGCGUGUGGUGAUAAAUGUUAGUGGAACAACCUUUGAAACCUUACCCGAGACUCUGAAACGUUUUCCCAAGACAUUACUGGGAUCUCCAAGAAAAAGACGAAGAUACUACGACACGUCUAUGAAAGGCUAUUACUUCAAUCGCCAUCGAAUUGCAUUUGAAUACAUAUUAUUCUAUUAUCAAUCAAAUGGAAGGCUAGUCUUGCCUGUCGAUGUACCCUUUCGUAUUUUUACUGAGGAGGUCCAGUUUUUUCAGCUUGGAGAACAAGCGCUUAAUUCCAUUGCUAAAGGAAUGUUGAAAAAUAAAAAGAAAUUACCGAACGGAACUUGGAGACAGAAAUUAUGGAAUCUCUUUGAGCAACCGGAUACGUCUAUUUUAGCUCGAAUAAUUGCCAUGUUCUCAAUAUCUAUGGUUGGUGUUUCAUUGGUAUUGUCUUGUAUAGAGACCAUUCCUUCAUUGAGAGUGCAAGAUUGCUUAGAUAGUGUACCGUCGAACAAUAACAGCACCGUGCAAUUUGAAGAACCAUCGUAUAACAACACUACAGGUUCUACUGGUUCUUUCACAAGAUGUCAACAAAGACCCUUAAAUGUGUUUAUCUAUGUGGAGACCAUUUGCUAUGUCUGGUUCCUACUGGAGUAUUUGAUUCGUUUAUUGUCGUCUCCUGAUAAAAUCGACUUUUUCUGUUCUCUUCUCAAUGUCAUAGACUUAUUAGCCAUAUUUCCAUACUUCAUCAUCCUCAUUGCUGGAAGCGAAAGGGUAGUUUCUCUAUCUGUUCUGCGCAUCACAAGAUUGUUCCGAGUCUUCAGGAUAUUAAAGUUAACGCAGUAUUCUAGUGGUCUUCGCAUCUUAGGAAACACGAUGCGCGCUAGUAUGAAAGAACUCGAGAUGGUGAUGCUGUUUGCCCUUAUUACAGUAGUCCUGUCUUCCAGCGCUAUUUAUUAUGCAGACAUAGAUAGCAGUGAGACGAAUUUCAACAGCAUCCCAGGAGCAGCUUGGUGGAGUAUAACGACUAUUACUACAGUAGGCUAUGGGGACUUGAUACCCGUCACAGGACUCGGGAAAUUCGUAGGAUGUAUCUGCGCAGUGCUUGGGGUUCUGAUAUUCUCUCUCCCUGUCAUGGCAUUUGCUACAAACUUCAACGCGUAUCUCAAGUGUGAGCCAAUACGAGGACAGCUGAUGGACAGGAAGGCUAGCAGCAAGUCCUUCAAACGAUCUAGUUCUUAUUCUUCAUACCGAACAAGUACUGACUACUGACAUAAUAAUGUUAGUUGGCUGGCUGCCUUGAGUGGAUUAUUUUUAGGGGAAAGGACCCAUAAUCAGUAAUCUAACCCCCCACCCCUCCCCCUCUCCGUUGUUGUAAUAAAAAAAUGUCCCCUCCCUUGUUUUCGAUUCUGUUUAUUCAUAGUUAAUAGAGAUUAACUAUUAACUAUGGUUUAUUGUAAAAGUGCUUGAACCUCUCGAGCCUGAUUCCUUAAUGAAAACACCCCCUUCAAAUUCCACCGCCCUUCCCCCUCCCCGGUAAAAACAACGGUCACCUAGAGCGUGUAUUGACUGGAUGACCGAGUCUAAAUUUAAUGCAGACAACUACUGACCCAGAUAAGCCAAGAUUUGCAAACUCUCCAAUGAUUCUCAGAUGUCAUUCAAGAAUGAACAAUCGCCUUAUUAACUACAUCAUAAAGGUUUUCCUUGUAAAGAAUGUAAAUGGAGUGCAAUUAAAUUGUCACUAUUUGAAAAA